AUGACACAGGACAAAGAAGUCAAAGUGGUUGCCCCAGAUGUUGUGUCUGCCCCAGGAGUAAAAAUUAAUAGGUCUGUCAAAGAUACAAAACAUCAAAGUAGUGAUGAUUCGGUACUGCAAACUAAAAAGAAAGGCAAGAAAGGUAAGAAAUCGAAACCUGUAGUGACACCAGAACAUAUUGCUAAGGUUCGUGCCGAAAGGGAAGCCAUGAGGAGGGCUAAGAGAGAUGCAAUGUUAGCUCAAGGUGUUGAUCCGGACUGUCCGCCAGAAUUACAUUUUAUUAAAAGACCUUUUCUAUCUCUGCAUGAGGAAGAACCAGUAACUGGAUUUAGAUUCAAACUGAUGACUUAUAACUGUUUAGCUCAAGCUCUGAUUCGCAGAAAGCUGUUCCCAGAUAGCGGUGACGCUUUAAAAUGGUACAGGCGUUCUAAAGUUCUAUUAAAUGAAUUUAAACAUUAUAAUUCAGACGUCAUUUGUUUGCAAGAAAUUGAUCAUAUUCAAUUUCAAAGUUUUUGGAAAGAUGAAUUCAAUAAAUUGGGAUACGAUGGACAGUAUUAUAGAAAUCCUACAAAAAACCAUGGUGUCGCCAUAAUGUGGAGGAGAGAAUUAUUUCAUCAAGUGGACAAAAUGUUAAUUGAUUAUGAUAAAGAAAGCUCAGAAAGUAUUCCCACUAGAACAACGACAAACAAUGUGGGCUUAGUUUUAGCUUUGAAGUUUUCUGAGAAAGUGUUAUUGAGUUUAGGUAAGACAUCGUCUAAAAAAUGUGGUAUCUUAAUUGGCACUACGCAUUUAUUUUGGCAUCCAUUUGGCACUUAUGAAAGAACAAGGCAAUGCUAUGUUGUUUUGAGAAAAAUGAAAGAAUUCAUGGGUCGUGUUAAUGUUUUACAGAACGAAAAUGAUGGGGAUUUAUCUCAUUGGUUUCCUUUUUUCUGUGGUGAUUUCAAUUCUCAGCCAUUUGAUACACCAUAUUUAUCAAUGACAUCCAAACCAGUGCACUAUAAAAGCAGAGCAAAGACCGUCAUUGAGUGCAGCACUUCAUUCAAGUUUUCCAAGGUGCGUGAUGGCGAAGAAGGUGCAGAUGACGAAGAAGGUGGGAAUAUUGAAAAAUACGGUAAAGAUCAACCUGAGAGUCCAGUUCCUGAAAAUUUUCAUGCUAACGAGGAACAAUCUGAACUGGUAGAUAAAAUGGCAAAGCUUCAUAAUUCGCUGGAUAUGAGAGCUAUUUCGCUAUACUCUGUUGGGUAUAAAAAUGUUCAUCCGGAAAAUGCUGGUCUUGAUAAUGAUAGAGGUGAGCCUGAAAUUUCUAAUUGGGCGAACACUUGGCGCGGGUUAUUAGACUAUCUGUUCUACGUCAAGAAAUGGGACCUACAAAAUAACUGUCAAGAAGUAGAAGACCUCAGCGAUUUUGAAGAAGAAAACGAAAUUAAAUGCAGAGGUUUUUUAAGGAUGCCGUCCAGUAAUGAAAUGACAAAGCAUGGACAACCACAUGUUGGAGAAUAUGCAAGUGACCAUUUGUCUAUGGUUUGUGAUUUAGAGUUACAACUAUAA